AUGGCCCCUCCCCCCCCGUCUCGGUUCAGCGGAAAGUCCGCGGAGAGGCCUAGCGAAGGCGGUCUCACCGAGCGACGGAGUUACGAAUACGACGGUAGCGGUAACGGCGGUCGCAUGGCAGCCUUUAAAGCCAUUGACGAGCGGUCCGAAGGGAACGUCCGGGAAGGAAGCGCCAAAGACCGGUUUAGGACCGCGAGGAGCAUUAAACGGAGCAACUCGCCGGCUAGGCGGCAGGUGGAUGGGAUAAUGCACGAGUACCAGAUGCAGAACGCUGCUGCGCGCCGAGCCGAGGCUUCUAAUAACAGCAGGAAGGGGAUUGGCGGCACCGUGCUGUUUCUGAUGCUGCUCGUCUGCGCAGCAGCAGUAGGCUGGGGUGGUUACCAGUACAAGCAAGCUCUAUCUCUCGAGCUUCGGCUCUCAGAACUGCAGCGCAAGCACACGCGCCUUGCUGCCAAGCUGUCUGACGACGUUCCUGCUGGCGUCAGCGGGAUCGACCUCAGCAGCAGCAGCAGAUGCGAAGAAGGAACAGAUGGGGAGGCAGAAGGUACCUGCUCCCCCUUCCUCAUAGACAGCUCGGAAGAAGACAGACUUGGGUGGAGAGAUGAAAGCAAGAGAGGGGAGGAGAGCAAGCGAGAGCCUAGGAGCGGCAAGGAGAAGUCAAAGGAGAAAUCCAAGGAGGAGGAAGAGGAGGAGGAGGAGGAGGAGGUGAAGGAGGAUGAGGAGCUGUUCUGGCGCAGGGUCGCCCUGGUAACGUCCAUCCUCUGCCUCGUCCUCCCCAUCUUCAUCAUCCGUAAUAUCGAUGACGUGACCCAGCUCUUCGGGAGAAGGCGCCUCAAGGCAACAGACGGCCAUAUGACCGCCGCUGCGGCCUCUUCCUCCUCUUCCACCUCUGCUGCUGCCGCCGCCCACGCCGCCACCGCUGCUGCUUCUGCUGCUGCUGCUGCUGCGUCGCCUUCAGCAACCUCUGGGGCGGACGAGGAGGUGUCGAUGAGCAAGCGGCUGGCGUAUAAGGUCGAUGUGCUCUUCUCCAUGCACUCCUGGGUCAAGGGCGCUGCCCUCCUCGCUGCUACUCUCCUCCUCAUCGCCCUCGGAGGCCUUGCCCUGUACGCCGUCGGAUCGAAAGACCGGAUGGAUCUGGGCGACGCCACGUGGCGGGCGUGGUCCUACGUGGCAGACGCAGGGAACCACGCAGACAGCGAGGGGUGGGGCCCGAGAAUCGUGGGCGUGAGCAUCAGCAUUGGCGGGAUGCUGAUAUUCGCGCUGAUGGUGGGGUUGGUGUCGGAGGGCAUCUCGGAGAAGGUGGACUCGCUGAAGAAAGGCAAGAGCGACGUGAUUGAGAAGAACCACACGCUCAUCCUCGGCUGGAGCGACAAGCUGGCGUCGCUGCUGAAGCAGCUGGCGGUGGCGAACGAGAGCAUGGGAGGGGGCGUGGUGGUGGUGAUGAGCGAGAGGGAGAAGGAGGAGAUGGAGAGCGAGAUUCAGAAGAUGGAGUUUGACUUCCGCGGCACCACUGUCAUUUGCCGGUCCGGCUCGCCCCUAGUGUUGGCGGAUCUCAAGAAGGUGUCUGUCUCAACGGCCCGGGCACUCAUCGUGCUGGCAGAGGCAGAGAACGCGGAUGCUGCAGAUGCGAGGGCGCUGAGGGUGGUGCUGAGCCUUACUGGCGUGCGGGAGGGGCUAAGGGGACACAUUGUGGUGGAGCUGAGCGAUAUUGACAACCAGCAGCUGGUGAAGAUGGUGGGGGGACGGAUGGUAGAAACAGUGGUCGCUCACGACGUGAUCGGACGGCUCAUGAUUCAGUGUGCCCGCCAGCCCGGCCUCGCCCAGAUCUGGGAGACCCUCCUCGGCUUUGAGAACUGCGAGUUCUACACCAAGCACUGGCCCGAGCUGGUCGGAAAGACCUUCCGGGAGGUCCUGCUCUCGUUUCCUGAUGCGGUGCCGUGCGGUUUGAGGGUUUCUGCGCGGACGUACUAUGCGAAGAGUACGGAGGCGGUGGGGUUUGAGCUGGGUGGGGGGAGCAUCAGUGGGAGUGAGGAGGAUGAGGAGGAGGAGGAGGAGGAGGAGGAGGGGAAGGAGGGGGAGGGGAAGAGGGUGCAUAAGGAGAAUACGCGGCUGUGGCUCAACCCAGAUGAUGAUUAUGUGCUUCAGCCGGAGGACUCAGUUCUUGUAAUAGCGGAGGAUGAUGAUUCCUAUGCUCCCGGCCCGCUGCCCGUGGUGCAAGACGCCCCGCUGCCCGACAUCGAAACCCCGCCGAAGCUGCCCGAGAAAAUCCUCUUCUGUGGCUGGCGGCGCGAUAUCGAUGAUAUGAUCACGGUGCUAGAAGCGUUCUUGGCCCGGGGAUCAGAGCUGUGGAUAUUUUCUGAUGUACCUGUGGAGGAGAGGGAGGCGCGGCUCAUAGAGGGCGGGCUGAACCCCAGCGAGCUGGAGAACGUGACGCUCGUGCACCGCAUGGGCAACGCUGUUAUUCGCAGGCACCUCGAGUUCCUCCCUCUUGAGACCUUUGAUUCGAUCCUCAUUCUAGCAGACGAGGGCCUGGAAGAUUCCAUCAUCAACUGCGACUCGCGCUCCCUCGCCACGUUGCUGCUCAUCAGAGACAUCCAGUCCAAGCGCAUGCCAGCAGGCAGCAAGGGCCACCGGCGCAGCAACUCCUCAAUCACGUACCCGCGCCCCACGUCCACGUCCUCGUGGGUGGGGCAGAUGCAGCAGGCGUCGCAGCAGUCCAUCGUGAUCUCUGAAAUCCUCGACUCGCGCACGCGCUCCCUCGUCUCCGUGUCUAAAAUCAGCGACUACGUGCUCAGUAACGAGCUGGUUUCCAUGGCUCUGGCAAUGGUGGCGGAGGACAGGGAGGUCAACCGCGUUUUGGAGGAGCUAUUUUCAGAAGAGGGCAACGAGAUGUACAUUCGCCCAGCGGAGCUCUAUCUGACAGACGGAGAGGAGCUGUCCUUCUUUGAAGUCGCAGUGCGGGCGCGGCAGCGCAUGGAGAUUAUUAUCGGAUACCGGCUCUUCACAGAGGAUGAAGCAGUGCUGAACCCGCCGGACAAGGCUGAGAAACGCGCCUGGUCCAUCCAAGACACGUUUAUUGUUCUCUCGUUCAACGAGUAG